AGGGAAAGAGAUGGAAUAGAAAAUAUUUUGUUUUUCCAUAUUUGCCAAUUUCAUGGAAAGAGAUGGAAUAGAAAAUAUUUUGUUUUUUUAUAUUUGCCCUUCCAAUACGUGAGUUGUGAUGUUAAGGCAUUCCACAAUAACAUGGUAGAACUUCAUUUUUCUUUCAAACUUGAGAAAUGAGUGGUAUAUAUGAAGCCUUUAAUUCAAUGGUUGAAAAUUAAGCUUAAAAAUCUUUGUUUAUCUAUUGUUCAAAUGACAUCAAAGUCAAAGUCAACAACACUCAUCUUUCAUGUUUUCUUCUUGAUCAAGUAGCAACUCUUAAAAUUAAAAGGUUGCAAAUUAAGGAACAACAAACCCAAAUUAAGGAUCAUUAAUAAACAAUGUUGUCCUUGUCCCUCUCUUCUCCCACCAUCAUCAUCAUCUUCUCAAUCUUCAUCUUCUCUCUUCAUCAUACAACGUCGUUACCGUCACAUCCAUCACUAUCUAUCUGCAACAACACCACCUUCAACUGUGGUACCAUAACCAACCUUUCCUACCCUUUCACCGGCGGUGACCGUCCUUCCUUCUGUGGUCCACCGCAGUUUCAUCUAAACUGCCAAAACAAUGUUCCAGAGUUGAAUAUUUCCUCAGUAAGUUACCGAGUUCUUCAAAUAAACUCAGCAACUCAUUCUAUCACCAUAGCAAGAUUAGACCUUUGGAACGAAACAUGUACCCAUCAUUACAUUAACUCAACUUUUGACAGAACUAGCUAUAGCUAUGGUUUGGGAAAUCGUAAACUUAUUCUGUAUUAUGGAUGCAAACCCACUUCAGUAUUCACCAAAGAUCCACAUAAUUUGUUUUGCUGUGACAGCAAUGGGUAUAAGAAAAAUUCUUAUUCUUUGAUUGGUCCAUUUCCUUUGGACCCAAUACUGAUUUUUGCUGAGUGUGAUGAAGGUGUUGAGGUGCCAAUUCUUGAAGAACAAGCUAAUAGGUUGGCAGGAAAUCGUUCUUUGCUUAGAGAGGUUUUGAUGAAAGGGUUUAAUGUGAAUUAUAGCAAUCCUUUUGAUGAUGAUUGUUUGAAGUGUAGUGGUUCUGGUGGUCAACAAUGUGGGUUUGAUUAUGAUGACAAUGAACCCAUUUGUAUUUGUGGUAAUGAGUUGUGUCCUUCUUCAGGUUCAAAAUGGAACUGGAAGCUUAUUGCGAUUGGUGCUUCAGCCGCUGGAUUUGGAGCAACCGUGUUCAUUAUAAGUAUUCUCAAACAACAACAACAAUCAAGCCUUAUUCCACUAAAUAUUUUCGGAGAAAGAAGAAAACAUGUUGACAACAAUGUUGAGAUUUUCAUGCGAAGUUAUAACUUAUCCCUGCCAAGAAGAUAUAGUUAUACAGAAGUAAAAAAGAUCACAAACUCAUUCCGAGAUAAAUUAGGCCAAGGAGGAUAUGGUGUCGUGUACAAAGCAAGUUUACCUGAUGGUCGUCAAGUGGCAGUGAAAGUAAUAAACGAGUCAAAGGGAAAUGGAGAAGAAUUCAUAAAUGAAGUUGCUAGCAUUAGUAGAACAUCACACAUGAACAUUGUGUCACUUUUAGGCUAUAGUUAUGAGGUGAACAAAAGAGCCCUAAUAUAUGAAUUCAUGCCCAAAGGAUCAUUGGAUAAGUUCAUCUAUAGAAGUGGAUUUCCUGAUGCAAUUUGUGAUUUUGAUUGGAACACGUUGUUCCAAAUUGCUAUUGGCAUUGCUAGAGGACUUGAGUACUUGCAUCAGGGAUGUAAUUCAAGGAUUUUGCAUCUUGAUAUCAAACCCCAAAAUAUUCUUUUGGAUGAAGAUUUUUGUCCAAAAAUAUCUGAUUUUGGACUAGCUAAAAUAUGUCAAAAGAAGGAUAGUAUCGUGUCAAUGCUAGGGACAAGAGGUACUGCAGGAUAUAUGGCGCCCGAAGUAUUUAGUAGAGCAUUUGGUGGAGUUUCUUACAAAUCUGAUGUAUAUAGUUAUGGCAUGUUGAUUCUUGAAAUUAUUGGUGGAAGAAAGAAUUAUGACACUGGUACUUCUGAAAUGUACUUUCCUGACUGGAUUUAUCAGGAUCUCGAGCAAGGAAAUACUCUUUUAAAUUGUUUGACAAUCUCAGAGGAAGAAAAUGAUAUGGUUAGAAAGAUUACUUUGGUGAGUCUAUGGUGCAUUCAAACGAAUCCAUCAGACAGACCACCAAUGAAUAAAGUAAUAGAAAUGCUACUAGGACCACUUUCAUCAGUGCCAUAUCCUCCAUGUCCCUUCUUAUUUUCUUCCGGAAGGCCAUCCCAACAAGUGUCAAAUAUGUCUUCAUCCUAUAAAUCAAAAUAAUUGUUCCAUGUAUAAAUUAAAUUAUUAGUUCCACAAUCUGCCAAAAUAAUUGUAAUUUGUGUUUAACAGGUUAUGGCAUGUAAUUUUAGUAAUCCUUUCUUAUACUUCAAAAGAAA